GGCUCCCCGGAGACCAGGCUGAGUGCUGAGACCCAGAGAGAGAGACCCAGUCCCUCCACUGCCGCCACUACCACCUAGGCUCAGCGCUUGCCCAGGAUCUGUGGGGGCGGGAGGCUCCCAGGUUUAAUGAUGAACGUCCCCUUGCCGCUGGGGCAGUCCUGGGGUACUUGUGGCAGUGUCUGCCACCUAGUGGCAAAAGAAAAUCACCAUCACGUUGGCCAAUCUCCACAGUCCUAAUGGUUGAACAGAUGCAUCACUGUUUAGACAUUUAGGGACAACAAACUGGGGGACACCAGAGUUAUGGUGAAGAAAAGUGGGGAAAUGGUACCACACUACCAAGAAGUGAGACCUCUGGGCUUCAACUUCAACACAGAAUUUCUGAUGAAAAGACCUGAGUUGCAGUUGCAUAUUGGUCAAGGAUCUGUCUCCCCACCAAAGAUGUGACUGACUCCAGGCUCAGGAAGGGAUCUGAUGAUAUGGAGCCACCAUUAAACUGCUCUGACCUGUGUCACCGUAUCCCCAGUCAGGAGCUGAAUGACAGGUCCCUUCAGGAUUUCUGUGGAACAGCUGUGACCUCUUCCGACCUUGGCACUGAGCCUACCUCCUCAUUGUCUUCUGUCCUCUUGGGCAUCGUGUGGACCUCCCUCAGUGGUGGACUUCUUCUGGUACUCUUCUUUCUCAUCUUCACAAUCCGAUAUAGGAACAACAGAAUUGUGAAGAUGUCCAGUCCCAACCUGAACAUUAUGACCUUGAUGGGCAGUGGUCUGACAUACACAAGUGCAUAUCUCUUUGGUGUCCCAGUUCAAGAUAUUUUUCUGGGACCCUCCAUGACAACACUCAUUCAGAUAAGACUGUCCCUACUAUGUGUUGGGAGUUCCCUAAUGUUUGGCCCCAUACUGGGGAAGAGCUGGAGACUGUACAAGGUUUUUACCCAGCGGGUCCCAGACAAGAGAGUGAUUAUUAAAGACCUACAGCUGCUUGGGCUGGUUGCAGUACUGGUGAUGGUUGACAUUAUCCUGCUUGUGACAUGGGUAUUAUCUGAUCCUAUCCAGUGCCUUCAGAUUCUCCGUUUUACAGUGAGGAUGACAGAGAGAGACAUCACCUGUUCCGUGACCAAGACAUACUUCUGCGCUUCCCUUUACUCCGAUCUCUGGAUUGCUCUCUUUUUGGGAUAUAAGGGUAUAGUGCUGCUCUAUGGUGCCUACCUGGCUGGGCUGACAGAUCAUGUUAGCUCUCCACCAGUGAAUCAGUCCUUGACGAUCAUGGUUGGAGCGAAUCUUGUUGUGCUGGUUGCUGGGCUCCUUUUCUUGGUCACCAGAUUCUUCCAUGACUGGCCCAACCUUGUCUUUGGACUCACAGCUGGAGGUAUCUUUGUUUGCACAACAACAAUCAACUGCUUCAUCUUCAUUCCACAGCUGAAGCAGUGGAAGCCAUUUGACGAAGAAAACCAAACAGUUGGCCACAUGGCAAAAUACUUCAGCAGCCCCAGCAAAAGCUUCCAUACCCCAUAUAGUGAGGAACAGAUCUACCAUCUAAUUGGGGAGAAGAACUCCAUGAAAAAACUUCUGACAGAGAAAAAUGCUGUGAUUGAAAGCCUACAGGAGCAAGUCAACAAUGCAAAAGAGAAACUGAUGAGACUGAUGUCAGGCGAAUGCACCAAUGAUCACCCUAGCCAAGCCUCCACUCCUGUCCUUGACCAGGGCAAGGCCAGCCCCACUGAAGCCUCUGUCCAUGUGGGUGUGGCAACUGAAGGUCUCUUCAACAGUCCCUCAGAGUCUGGUGGGGAGCCCUGCCCUGUCUUUCCAGAUGCACAAUGUAGUCCAGCCAUCUUUACUAGUUUACAGAGCCUCCAGGAUCAUGUAAAGGACCAAAACUCUUCCCCAUCACACCAGGAGCAGAUUUCUGACUCCGAAGACACAUCUGACCAUCUGCACUUAGGAACUCCACAGAAGCAGCAGGUUUCCCAGUGUGGCAGUCUGAAGACAGUAGAGCAGGGGCUGACAUCCCCAAGCCAGAAUCUUAUACCAGAUCCCAAAGCCAGUAUUCCUCAGAGACAGAAGUCGCUCAGAAAUUCAGAAACUUCUCAAGAGCAACCAUCAAAGAUUAAUUAUGUGAGCAGUGAGAUGCUUCAAGAGGUCUUACAAGAACUGAGUCUGGGCAAGGCCACUUACUCCUCUUGUUCUCCCCGUGGUCCCCAGUGCCUCAGCCCCAGCAUGCACCAGGAGGAUAGUGCUGCCCAUAUUCCCCAUAAGAGGUCUCCCUCUAAUGAUAUGGGCAUUAGCCCAUACAUGGUGAGAAGGAGACGGGCAGCCCAGCGAGCCUCUAUGCAUUUCCCAGGGUCUGUGCCUUCACAAACAUGGUGCCUAAUGAACAAGAAAGUUUCUAGGACACAGAGUGGGCUGAAGGUUCAGAAGGAGAACAGGUUCAAGCAGGAACUCCAGGCUGGGGAUCCUGAGGGAGAAAAGUUCCUUUCAUGGAAACCUUCCCUCCUCACUCCAGCUCCUGGUAGUCUGAGUCCCCCGCCUGAGAACAGACAGAGCCGGUCUGAGGGUCACAGAAGCAGGGUAAGAGUAAGAGAUGGCUUUCCAAACCAGUCUUCCUGCUCCAGUCAGGUUGCCCCUCUCCUUUCCAGUAACCCACAGAAUCUCCUCCGGCUAGAGCGACCACAGCGACGGCAGCUGAGUGGGAUGGACUGGCCAGCCCUGCCUUCCCUAUGUGACUAUGCUGAUUCAGAGUCCAGCAGCUCUGAUGAACCAUUCUGCCGCUGCCACCGACCUUACUGUGACAUCUGCUUCCAGAGUUCUGGUGACUCUGGUGACAGCAGCACCUCUGAGGAUGAUCCUGAACCGCCCCAGGGCACAGCCCACUGGGCCAAACUGUAUGCCAGGUCUCACCCCAUUGUAAACUUCAGAGAGGACUUGAAACCCACAUUGGUAUAAAAAUCAGUGGAGCCAGUCUAUUUAGAAGGGUAUGAUGAUGCCCUCAAAGGUCUGCAAGAGAAGCUUUUGACUCAGAGGGAAUGGAUCUAAGUUCAUUCAGCAAGUAUUUAUUAAGCAACUGUUCUCUCUGUGGCUGACUCACUGCGUGACCUUGGCCAAGUCAUUUCUUCUCUUUUUGAUUCAGUCUUUCCGUUUAUAAGUGCUGUUACCUGCCUUGUCACUACCUCAUAGGGGUUCAAUGACAGUCACUGAUGAGAUGUCUGCAAAACCAUUAAGGUGCUGAAAGGCAAAUUUUAGCUCAGCCUUGUUAAGGAAAACUUCUGAACAACUAAAGUUAUCCCAUGGUAGAAUGUGAAGUCUAUGGGAGGGGGCAGAGGAGUGAGUUCCCCAUUCCAAGAGCUUAGUAAACAGAAGCUGAAUUCCCACAUGUUGGAGAUGUUUUUUGUUGUUGUUGUUUUUGUUUUUUUAAAAAGGCUUCCUGGGGCAGCUAGGUGGUGCAGUAGAUAAAGCACUGGCCCUGGAUUCAGGAGGAUCUGAGUUCAAAUAAGACACUUGACAUUUACUAGCUGUGUGACUCAAGGAAAGUCACUUAACCCUCAUUGCCCUGCAAAAAAAAAGGCUUCCUUCUGAGGUAUGCAUCAAAUUACGUGAGAUCCCUUCCCACUCUGUGACUCUGUUCCAUAUGGUGCUUUGAGAUCCUCAGAUAAAAGUAUGUGUGAGUACAGAAUUUAUGUCAAAACUAUACUAGUUGCACUGAAUUUUUUGGUGCUUGAUGAAUACUUGUUGAAUCAAUGGAUGAAUGGAUGCAUGAAAUCUAUGGAGCCAGUUCAGCACCCAUGUCACCUGAAGUUGAUACUUUGGUCAAAAUGGGUUCUUUUUGCAGAAUGAGGCUCAAAUGGUCACCUCUAUCCCAAUCAUUCCCAUCUCUAAAAAGGGAAUUGAUUUUAGUGUAGGGCUCAUAGAAAUAAAUCAUUUUGGUGCUACUGAAGAUCAUACUGACUGUCACUCACACACCUACCUCUCUGGCUAGAAUAGGUUAUGCCCUUAGCAUCUGUAAGGGCCAAAUUUUAAUUGGGGAGUGUUAGGUGAGCCACCUAUAUACCCUAAAUAAAGUUAGACAACACCCUUCUGAUUCUAUUCAUCCCCACCCUGUGUUCAUUUCCUUAGGAACCCUGAUUUCCCAAUCUUAGUAUCACUUCUGGUGGACUCUUUAAGAGUGAACUGUGUGUUUCAUGCAUUCCAUACUAAUGGAAGAUAUUUCCAGGCAAGUCCAUCUAAAGGACUUUUCCCUCCAUCUGCCUACAAGGCCAGUCCUAAAUAAAUCCUCUUACCCUGUGGAACAGGAAACCAGAAAAGAGAAAAAAAGGGAAAGGAGUGGAGAUGAGAGGAGUGGAGAGAAGAAGAGAGGAGAGAUAUGAGAGCCUUUUUUAUCUCCUCAUCAAUGGAAAAGAAGCUUUAAUCCUGUGAGAAAAAAAGAAAAUCUUAGUAGCUUGGGGGAAAAGCCAUGGUAGAACAUUUGUCUUCUCUUCCUGUAUUCCAGGGCAGCAAAUAGUGACUGUCUCCUUAUGGGGUGGGAUGAGUGGGAGAUCCUCUUCAAAGAAUCACAGGAUCAUGGAAUUUGAGCUAGUAGAUACCUUAGAGAUUUAUCUAGUCCCACCCCCUCAUUUUACAGAACAGCUAGUUGUCACUAUGGAUAGAGUAUUUGACCUAGAUUUAGGAAGACCUGAGUUCAAAUCCUACUUCAGAUACUAAAUAAACAAGUCACUUUACCUCUCUUGGCUUUAAGUUUACCUAUCUAUAAAAUGAGGAUAAUAAUAACACCUACCUCACAGAGUUGUUGUGAGACUCAAAUGAGAUAAAAAGCUCAUUGCAAACCUUAAAGUUCUAUAAAAAUGCUACUAAAUGUUUACUACCAAAUCAUUACUGCUACAUAAUUACUACUAAAUGGGGAGCAUACCAUUACUGGAUGGGGAAACUGAAGCCUGAACUGGUUAAACGGCUUGCUCAGAAUCAUACAAUUAAUAUCCAAAGUAGGAUUUGAACCCAGGUCUUCCUAAUUCUAAAUCCAGCACUCUAUCCAUAAUUCCAGUUUUUCUUCUGAUUUCUUGCCAGCAGCUGAGCCACAGGGAGAGGCAAUGUUUGUCAGCUUUGCUUUAAUGUUCUUACUUGCAGACCCAGCUGGGCACUGAAUGUGUAUGUUUCUAUGCAUGUGUGUGCACAUGUAUGUACUUGAGUGUAUAUAUGUAAAAAGGGCUUCCUGCCAUUUUGGCUUUGUGCAGUGUGAAAAUGUGGUUUUUGACAACUAGUAGGAGGUGUAUGAAGAACAUCAUGGCAUCAUGUAAAAAGCACAGUAUUCUAUUAGAACCAGAGGACUUGAGUUCAGAUCUCAGCUCUGCUACCUACUGCCUGUCUAACCCCGACUUCAGGUUGCUCAUCUGUAAAAUAACAGUGGGGCAAAUUAAAUUGUCUUUGAGUCCCUACUGACUCCAGAUCCCAUGAUCUAAUACUUAGGCUCUCAUUUCUUCCUGAAAAUCCUUGAAGAGUAAUGCUCUGAACCAAUGAUCCAAGGAGGACUUUAUUGAGCAGUCUAUCAUGUCAUUGUUAUUUAUUUUUCUUUAAACCAUUAACUGAUUUUAUAAGUUAUUAUGUGUGGGUUUGUAGUUCCUAAUA